AUGCAGGCACCGCUUUAUCCUUCGCUUAACAGCUUACAAGGCCAGUUGGGUGGAUCAUUAGCCAGUUCUGGACGAUAUUCUCCUAAUUCGUAUAAAAAUCGUAUGCAACCGUUUAACAACUCUUUAUUUGGAUCAUUUGAUGAUUCAUUAUUCCAAGCUCGAGCAGCCCAGGCUGCGGCGUUGGCUGAUAUCGACGUGAAAAACGUAAAUUUGACAAAUCAAUUGAUGAGACCGCAAGAUAUGUUCAGCAAUUACCUAAUGACAUCGGGACAAGACACGACGAACAUCUAUCAGGGACUUCCGACAUCAUCGGAACCAUUUGAAGCUUCUACUCUAAUUCCCACCAGUAAUGCUACUGAACAAGCUAAUCAUGAGGGAAUGACUCCAUUACAGCAGGUGAUGGCCAUGCAAAGUUAUGCUGCUCCAUCGCAUUUCACGCAAUAUCCGAUGGCUCCAUCAUUCGCUGUAUCAGCUCCAUCUCAAGUCCGAUAUCCAUUAUCAGCUCCAACAACGGGUUCUCAUUUAGAAAUUGAUACUGAUCCUCGGGAACUUGAACGGUUCGCUGAGCAUUUCAAGCAACGACGAAUCAAAUUAGGUGUUACUCAGGCAGACGUAGGAAAGGCAUUAGCACAUCUGAAGAUGCCUGGAGUUGGAUCUUUAUCUCAAUCAACGAUAUGUCGUUUUGAAUCAUUAACACUAUCUCAUAACAACAUGGUCGCCUUAAAGCCAAUCCUACACUCAUGGCUAGAAAAGGCUGAAGAAGCAAUGAAACAGAAAGAUACAUGUGGUGAUGUUUCUGGUAUUUUGCCGAAUACAGACAAGAAGCGAAAGCGUACAAGCAUAGCCGCACCUGAAAAACGUCUACUCGAAGACUAUUUCAGACAGCAACCGCGACCAUCAGGUGAACGAAUAGCUCAAAUAGCGGAAAAAUUGGAUUUAAAAAAGAAUGUAGUCCGUGUAUGGUUUUGUAAUCAAAGACAAAAACAGAAAAGAGACUUCCGUUCACAGUUCCGCUCUCGUAAUGGAGCAAGUGCUCCUACAGCUCCGCGUUUGAUGCAAACAGCCGCCGUCGCAGUUGCCGCAGCAAAAUGCGCUCCUUUUCCCGGAUUACCUGGGUACUUUGAGUAA